AUGUCAAGCAAACUAUCGAUACAGUCACUUGACAGCUCGUCGGGACGCGACCGACGCAACUCGGCGUCGUCGACAUCGUCGUCGUCGCCAUUCCUCAACAAUAGCUUCAGAUCACACACGGCGCCACGCAACUAUCCUCCCGCCAUCCAGUUGGAGGAUAUGGGUUCGUGUUCCAGCACACCACCCGUCGACGCCGCCGCACUCGACGAAACAUACACCAACGCGCCACCUCCCAACUUCUUCCGCAAGAUCUAUAACAGACUGAUGAGCGGCGACAACUUCAAAGGCAACUCAAGAAAUGUAUAUAUAAACGACAUGGAACGCAAUCGAGAGUACAAGUACUGCGGCAACACGGUGACGACUUCAAAGUACACAUUGAUCACAUUCCUGCCGAAGAACUUAUUCGAGCAGUUCUGCAGAUUGGCCAACUUCUACUUCCUCAUCAUCUCGGCCAUUCAAAUCAUACCUGGCAUCUCUCCAACGGGUCGCUUCACAACUCUCGGCCCACUGCUGGUGGUGCUGGCCAUCACAGCCAUCAAAGAGGCCUACGAGGACUUCCGUCGACAUCGCCAAGAUGACCGCGUCAACAACUGCCACACCGAAGUACUGCGAGGAUCAACCUUUGUCGACGAGCGUUGGAAGAAUCUCAAGGUUGGCGACAUUGUCAAAGUACUCAACAGACAGUACAUCCCGGCGGACCUCGUGGUGCUGGCCUCCAGCGAGCCCCAGUCCACAUGUUACGUCGAGACUGCAAACCUUGAUGGUGAGACGAACUUAAAGUUGAAGCAGGGACUGAAUGAGACAGCACAGUAUAACAGCUUGGACAACUUGGCAACGAUCAAUUCAAACAUUGAAUGCGAACAUCCAAAUAAUAGACUGUACUCAUUCAUUGGAUCAAUGUACUUGGAUGGCAAGGGACAUCCAUUGUCCGCGCGUCAGGUACUGAUGCGUGGCUCACUACUGCGCAACACCAAGUGGAUAUAUGGCGUUGUGAUCUACAGUGGCCGCGACACCAAGCUGAUGCGCAACUCUAGCGACACACCUUCCAAGCGCAGUGGCGUCGAGAAGAAGACAAACGUCUUCAUCCUUAUAAUCUUCAUCCUGCAGAUGCUGCUGUGUCUGGGCGCGGCGAUCGCCAACGGCGUGUGGAACAACCGCCACGUCGACGACUGGUACCUGCUGUGGAGCGACCAGUCGCCUGUUAAGAACGGCGCCAUGUCCUUCCUGACAUUCCUCAUCCUGUUCAACAACAUUAUCCCCAUCUCGCUGUACGUCUCAAUGGAGUUUGUCAAGGUCUUCCAGGCGUUCUUCAUCAACAACGACCAGCAGAUGUACCACGCCGACAACGACACGCCAGCACUGGCGCGCACAUCCAACCUCAACGAGGACCUUGGCCAGAUCGACUACAUAUUCAGUGACAAGACUGGCACGCUAACGCAGAACAAGAUGGAGUUCAAGAAGUGCUCAAUUGGUGGAGUGUCAUAUGGCAGCGGCAUGACAGAGGCUACAAUGGGCGCAAUGAUGCGCGAGGGAGCAAUGAUUAGCGAUCAACCAGCGCAACAACAACAACUGAACAAUGAUCCAACAACAAACAGCAGCAACGAGCUGCUUGGAGCCAGCAACUGCGAGUCACCACCCUUGUCAGCGUCGAGCUUCAGGGACGCCAAGCUCAAUGCGAACCUCAACAGCGAGGACCUCAACAUGUCCAAGUUGAUAAAGGAGUUCUUUAGCGUGUUGGCCGUGUGCCACACGGUCGUGCCCGAGGAGGAGAAUGGCGUCAUCACCUACCAGGCGUCCUCGCCCGAUGAGUCGGCCCUGGUCACUGCCGCCAAAGAGGUCGGCUUUAACUUUUGUCGCAGGAGUCUCAAGUCGGUCACUAUCAUCGACCCCAAUGGCCAGGAGCUUGAGUUCCAGAUCCUCAACAUCCUCGAGUUCAACUCGGUCAGGAAGAGAAUGUCUGUAAUCGUGCGCCAUCCAGAUGGCCGUCUGCUUCUCUACACCAAGGGUGCCGACACGGCCAUCUUUGAGCGUCUGGCGCCCAACCAGACAUUCGCCGACAGCACCAUCAAUCACCUGCAGGAGUACGCAUCGGAGGGUCUCAGGACGCUGUGCGUAGCGUACCGCGAGAUUGAGCCGGCCGUCUACGAGUCCUGGUCGUCCGAUUACUACACUGCAUCCAACACAAUUAUUGGCCGCGAGGCAGCACUCGACCGCAUGGCCGAGGCCAUCGAGCGCAAACUGAUCUUGCUAGGUGCGACAGCCAUCGAGGAUCGACUGCAGGUGGGCGUGCCCGAGUCCAUUGCCAGUCUGCGCGAGGCAGGCAUCAAGCUAUGGGUGCUUACUGGUGACAAGCAAGAGACAGCAAUCAAUAUUGGAUACGCAUGCCGUCUUCUCACGAACAACAUGGAGCUGCUCGUCGUCAACGAGUCGUCGAUCGAGAACACGGACCGCGAGCUCAAGCGUCUGGUCGAGGAGUACCGCAACGGUCACCCCACCAAGGACCUGGCGCUGAUCAUCGAUGGAUCGACGCUGGUCUACGUGCUGGAGAACAAAGAGAUGGCGCUCAUGAUGCUCAAGAUCUCGGAGCGCUGCAAGUCUGUGAUCGCCUGUCGUGUAUCCCCUUCGCAAAAGGCUGACAUCGUUGGUCUGGUGCGCGACAACUUGGACGCCGUCACCCUGGCCAUUGGAGACGGUGCCAACGACGUCAACAUGAUACAGCGCGCACACGUGGGCAUUGGCAUCAGUGGUGAGGAGGGUCUGCAGGCUGCGCGUUGCUCCGACUAUGCUAUCGCGCAGUUCCGCUUCCUCACACGCCUGCUGCUGGUGCACGGCCGCUACAGCUACCGUCGCAUCUCCAAGCUGAUCGCCUACUGCUUCUACAAGAACAUCACGCUGUACAUCACACAGUUCUGGUUCACAAUCUUCAACGGAUGGUCGGGCCAGACGUACUACGAGCGCUACACACUCACAUUGUACAACAUCCUUUGGACCUUCUUCCCGAUCAUCGUCUUUGGCAUUCUGGACAAGGACGUCAGCGAGCAAUCAAUCAUGGACCAUCCGCACUUGUACAGCUCGGGCCCGCGCCACCAUCACUUCAACAUCAAGGUGUUCUGGGGUUGGAUAUGCAACGGUGUGUUCCACUCGUUCGUCCUCUACGCAUUGCCCAUGGGCAUCUACCACCGCGCUGUGCCAUUCGCCAGUGGCUUCACUAUCGACCUGAUCUCAGUGGGCAUCAUUACCUACGCCUGCGUUGUCAUCACAGUCAACUGCAAGCUGGCACUGGAGACGCGCUUCUGGACCUGGAUCAACCAUCUGGCCACCUGGGGCAGCAUCGUCCUUUUCUUCAUCUGGCUGAUGGCUUUUGGCAAGUUCGAGGACAUCAAUCAGUCUCUGGGCGUUGGUGUGGACAUCUACGACAUCAUCUUCAACGUUGGUAAGGCACCCCUAUUCUACCUGACCCUUGUGAUCGUGCCUGUCGUAUGUCUAUACAGAGAUUAUACAUGGAAGUUUGUGAACCGUUAUGCCCUUCCACAGGCCUACCACAUUGUACAAGAGUUAGACAGCAGUCAUUCGAGUAAACAGAUUGAGACCAAGCUGCGAUACACUGGAUAUGCAUUCUCGCAAGAGCCAGGACAGGCAGACUACAUCAACAAUAAAUUUGUUGUCUAA